UUAAAAACGAUUGCGCGCGAUUCGCGAUGGCUGAAAAUCCAACCGCCAGCAAUUCUACACAAAACAAAACGAACGAUGCCGGACCACCAAAUCGACGCGGCGGUUCAUCCAGGGGACGUGGCGGUUGGCGUGGUAAUUGGCGAGGCAACUACCGGGGAUACCGGCACCAGUCCAACGUGUCCAGAGAAAAGCCGGUAGGUUUCGCACUGCCAUCGUCCUCGGGGGAAAGCUCACCUGGAUCGGGCAGUAUUCCACCAACAGGGUCGAUUUCCACAAGCUUAGCUAAUGGCACAUGUGAAUACGCCGGAUGGAAGUUAUAUUUUCCCAAAGAAGAUUAUUCGUCCGGAUCGAGAACCGUUCAUCAUGUUCGAGCGAUGCAGCGACAUUACAGAGACUUUGCCGAUCUGUACGAUCUGACGCAGGUGGUGAACAAUUGUUGGUUCGAACUGAAGCUCGACGUGUGCGACAAUGAUAAUCAGCUGCGUACGCAAUGGUCGACGUUGCGGCAGGAUUUAACGGACAAUCCGGAACACGCACUUGCUUGCAUUGGGCUGGCAAUGCAUCACACGCUCAUGAACGAACAGUCCUGCAGCAGCUCCCAACGCGACACAAAACUCUGCCUGCAAACCAUCCGACCGCGGAUCGUCGGAUUCGGACCGGAAGUUUCGAUCGGUUCGAUAAAGGUGAGCAGCUUCGGGAAGUUGGUGUCCGUGCGCGGGACUAUCAUACGGGCGGGUGCAUCGCAGAUCAUGAACACCUGGUGUGCCUUUCGCUGUGCGCAGUGUCGAAGUGAGCAGGCGGUACAGCAAAAGGAUGGAAUGUACACCACACCGACCGCUUGCCACAGUGGAUGCAAGGCCCGGAGCCAUUUCGUGCUGCUGCAGCAGUCCGUAUUCACGCGCAUGGAAGCGUAUCCGAUUCGUCUGCAGGAAACUACACAUGGCUCCCGGACCGUGGCCGGAAGUGCGGCCAAAAACAUCGAGAUAGAGCUGACGCACGAAAUGGUGGACAGUGUGUGUCCGGGAGACGAUGUGACCGUGACGGGUAUACUGAAGGCACGGUCUCUAGAGCCGGAUGGUACGGCGAGGGCCAGUCUGUUCAAAGCGUACAUGCAGGCGGUGUACGUGCGUAGCAACAAGAACGUGUUGGCGAACUGGAACCGGUUGGCAGAGUUCACGGAGCUUGAUAUGGAAGCGAUCCGUAUGAUAAAGGCGGAACCGUCUCCCUUCCGGCUGCUGGUACAGUCGCUCUGUCCGUCCAUUUACGGUCACGAGGUCGUUAAGGCGGGACUGCUGCUGGGGCUGUUCGGUGGGCAGGCGAAUACAGCUCGCACCAGAGCCGAGAUACACGUGCUGGUCGUUGGCGAUCCGGGCAUUGGCAAGAGUCAAAUUUUGCAAAGCUGUGCCAACGUUUCCCCGAGGGGGAUAUUCGUUUGCGGGACCAAUUCUUCCAACGUCGGGCUCACGGUGACGGUGCGGAUGGAAAAAGGUGUCGGUGCAUCGUUGGAAGCGGGCGCACUGGUACUGGCCGACCAGGGCGUCUGCUGCAUCGACGAGUUCGACAAGAUGUCCGGCCAUCACGGGCUGCUGGAGGUGAUGGAGCAGCGUUCGGUGAGUGUGGCAAAGGCGGGCGUCAUUUGUACGGUCCCGGCACGGACGACGGUACUCGCCGCAGCCAAUCCAGCCGGCGGACACUACAACAAAGCGAAAACGGUUUCGGAAAAUUUGAAACUACAUCCAGCGCUUCUUUCGCGGUUUGAUUUGGUGUUUAUCCUGCUGGACCGUUCGAACGAACGGACGGACAAUCUGCUCACUGCUCACAUCCAGAAGGUGCACGGAUUGUCUAGAACUAGCUCCACACCGGCCGCUCAAGCAUUCUUGGAAGCCUCUGGGAGUAGUACGCUCGAUGAGGAGUUCGAACAUCCGCUGGAAGAACGUCUGCGGCUGGCUCCGGGAGAAAAGCUGGAUCUAUUGCCCGCGGAACUUGUCCAGAAGUACAUCGGAUACGCCCGUAAAAACGUGCAACCCAAGCUAACGGCGAAAGCAGCGGAGGAACUGCGUGACUUCUUUGUCGAGCUACGGCGCUCACAUCACGAGAUGGACAUGAUUCCCGUCACGACGCGUCAGCUGGAGGGUUUGAUCCGGCUAACGCAGGCCCGGGCAAAGAUUGAUCUAUCGCCGGAAGCAACGGUAGCGCACGUGCGUGACGUGUUGGCAAUCCUUCGGCAAAGCAUGCUCGACGUGUUCAGUACGGACGAUGGCGAUCUUCAGUUCACCCGGCUGACGAACGGAAGCGGCACAAGCAAGACGUCGAUGGUGCGGAAAUUCGCCCGCGUGCUGGCAUCACGAUCGGCCGUGACCGGCACCACACUGUUUACGGUGGCCGAGCUGAAGCAGGCAAUGGCUGCCGGUGGCAUCGCGGCCAACUGCAACGAGCUGAUCGACACGAUGAACAUACAGGGAUUUUUGCUGAAGAAAGGGCGCGAUUGUUACAAAUUCAUCAUCGAUUGAUGGACGAUCCCUCGCCGGAGAAGUCAACGUCGCAGAGUGGUUGUUAAAAUCUCGAGUAAAUUUUAUUUAUGUACAGUGUA